UUCACGGGUCUAAAAGUCCAAGUCAAAAAGACGAAAGACAGGGCAUGUUCCCGGAAACCAGAUAAAGCAAAGGAGAAAAAGGCGGGCCAUCUUCCCGGAAAAGAGAUGAAAAAGACUUGGAUAUUGUGGAAUAUAGUUCAAUUACUCAAUUAGCUGAUGUUUUAGUUUAGCCUUCCUUGUUUAUGCGAAGUACCUCUCAUCACUUGCAGCAGUUAAUGGCUUCCUUUUCUUCUUCUUCCAUUACUCCUAAACUAGAGUAUGAGGUUUUCCUUAGUUUCCGCGGUGAGGACACCCGACAAAACUUUACCAGCCAUCUAUAUGAAGCCUUUCGUCGGAAAAAUAUUAAAACUUUCAUUGAUGAUAAGCUUAAUAGAGGAGAAGAAAUUUCUUCCUCUCUUUUGAAGGCAAUUGAACAUUCAAAGAUCUCGGUUGUCAUUUUCUCUAAAGACUACGCUUCCUCUAGAUGGUGUCUCAAUGAACUUGAAGAGAUUCUUAAAUGUAAGAAAGCGUAUGAUCAGAUCGUAAUACCAGUCUUCCAUGACGUAGAUCCAUCUGUUGUCAGGAAUCAAACUGGGGAUUUUGAGAAAGCAUUUGCUGAGCUUGAAAAGCACGUUAUGGUUGAUUCAGAGAUGUUGACGAGAUGGAGGACUGCUUUGAGGGAUGCAGCCAACCUAUCUGGUUAUGACUCAAAGGACUAUAGGAAAGAGGCAGACCUGGUAAAGGAUAUUGUCAAUACUGUAUGGAAGAAAUUGAAUUACAACUCCUCGGUUAUUUAUUCCAAGGAUCUAGUUGGACUAGAGUCAUCAAUCGAAGAGAUUGAAAAUUUAUUAUUUUCAAAGGGUGUUAGCAAGCUAGGAAUUUGGGGCAUCGGGGGCAUAGGAAAAACUACUCUUGCUAGUGCUAUAUUUAAAAAAAUCUCUAAACAGUUUGAAGAAUCUUACUUUAUUUCAAAUAUUAGAGAAGAAUCAGAAAAAAGUAGGGGAUUAAAUGACUUGUGCCAAAAAUUGAGUUCUGCAAUUUUAGGGGAUGAAUAUCCCAAUCAUGGAUUCACCUUCACAAAAAGAAGUCUUAUUAGUAGAAAAAAAGUUUUCAUUGUGUUUGAUGAUGUAACGAAUUUAGAACAAAUACAAUGUUUAAUGGGAGUUUUUGACAACUUAGAUUCAAAAAGUCGAAUCAUCAUAACGACAAGGGAUAAACAUGUGCUAAGAAAUUGUGAAAUGGAUCACAUUCAUGAGAUGACAAUGUUAUCUUAUCACAAUGCUUUUCAACUUUUUGCCCUACAUGCCUUUAAAGGAAACCCUCCAAUAGAAGAUUAUAUUGAGCUAUCAUCUAGACUAGUAGAUGAUGCUAAAGGUCUUCCACUAGCUCUUAAAGUUUUAGGUUCUUUUUUAUUCGAGAGGACGGAGAGAGAAUGGAAAAGUACACUACAAAACUUGAAAACAAGUCCUCAUGGAGAUGUCCAAAAGGUAUUAAAAAUAAGCUACGAAGGACUAGAUGAUAAACAGAAGUGUGUAUUUUUGGAUAUUGUAUGUCACUUUAAAGGGUAUAAAAGAGAUCUUGUAGAAGCAAUCUUGAAUACUCGUGACUUAGACGCUCAUAUUUAUAUAAAUGUUCUCAUUGAAAGGUGUCUCAUAACUACAUCAUUUGACACUAUAACAAUGCAUGAUUUACUUGAAGAAAUGGGUAGAGAAAUUGUUCGACAAGAAUCAAUUGAUAAUCCUGGCGAACGUAGUCGGUUGUGGGAUCAUGAGGAUAUAUUUUCAGUAUUGAAGUAUAAUACAGUAAGAGUCAAAACACUAAUUUUUUAUUUCUAUUUUAUACAUAAAUUAUAAUAAAAUAUUUGCUAGCAUAAUAUUUAUUUUCA